AUGAGUGUCCUCGUUUUUGCGUCGCCUGCUCUGCUUCCCCGCUCUGCCUGCGCCGCUGCCCAACCCCCCUCCGCUUCUCUCUGCUCUCUUCUCUCUUCCCCCGCCGCUCCGGGCGCGUGUGUGAAGCUCAAGCCAACUGGGGAGGCGCCGCAAGAGAGCCACGGAGCGGCGUCAGCGGAACACGCGCGCCCACACCCCGGUGAGACCACAACAGGCAUUUUGACCUGCGUCGCUGCGCCUCGAGGCGGGCACAGAAGCAACAGCAGGGCGGAGGAGGGAAGCGGCCACGCCACGCAUGCCGGACGCCCCGCAGCAGCCGACGAAGCUGGACGAGCCGAACCGGCAGGCGCCGCCCACGCCGCACCGCGCGCCCGGCGCACAGGCCGCCCUAGCGAGCAGCCCCGGCGAGGCGCCCGUCCUGCAGGGGAAGGGGCCGCGCGGGGAGUGAAGCGGGACGCGGGCGCGCGUGCGUUGCCCUGCGGCGCCCUGGCGAAGCUGGCGGUAGAGGGAGGAAGAGGACCUGCGGAGGCCCGAGAGAAGAGGGCGGAGGCGCAGGCAAGACGGAAGCAAGGCGCUAGUAUGAAGCAAAGAUGA